AAAACGAUAGAGAGGCGCCACUCGACGGCUUUUGGAGCAGAGGAUUGAGAAGGAAAAAAACGCAGUAGAGUGCUCUCUGAGAAGAGAAGAGGAAGAGAGAGCGAGCAGGUUUACAGAGUUAUAUCUUUUUCGCCUCACACUAUCUGAGUAAGAUGGAUCGGUACCAGAGGGUGGAGAAGCCGAGGCCUGACACACCGAUUAACGAGAAUGAAAUCCGGAUAACCACUCAGGGGAGGAUGAGGAACUACAUUACUUAUGCUACAAGUCUGCUUCAGGAGAAGGGUUCUAAUGAAAUUGUCCUUAAAGCAAUGGGGAGAGCUAUCAACAAGACUGUGAUGAUUGCUGAACUCAUUAAGAGAAGAAUUGUUGGUCUCCAUCAGAACACAUUGAUUGGAUCUACUGAUAUUACAGACAUGUGGGAGCCGCUGGAAGAAGGCUUACUACCCCUAGAAACAACGCGGCAUGUUUCAAUGAUUACAAUCAUCUUGUCCAAGAAAGAGUUGGAUACAUCCUCCACUGGUUACCAAUCACCUAUACCAGCUGAUCAAGUAAAGCCGUGGACUGAAUUCGAAUAUGAUGGAGAGGGCUCUCCUGGCAUGCGAGGCAGAGGACGUGGUGGUCGAGGAAGGGGGAGAGGAAGAGGAAAUAACAAUGGGCCAGGUGAAUACAACAAUGUAGAUGGAGGUUGGGAUGGAGGGCGUGGGUAUGGUGGCAGAGGCAGAGGACGUGGAAGGGGCCGUGGUUUCCGUGGGCGUGGAAGAGGCUAUGGCUAUGGUGGUGAUAUGCAACAUGAAUCUGGGGGUUACAAUGACUAUAAUAGUGGUGUUGAUGCAGCACCUGCUCAAGGCCGUGGGCGUGGUCGUGGCAGGGGAAGGGGCCGUGGACGUGGUCGUGGUGGUGGUGGUGAUUUUAGAUCAGAUGGGCCAGUCCAGGCAGCAGCUUAAACUAGACAGUGGUGUGGUAAGACAUUUGGUUAGUGGAAAAAGAGAACUCUGGAUGCCUGCUCUGCUCAUCGUGUUUUUAUAAAAAAGAAUGGACUUCACUGAUAUAUUUUAGGCAAUGUCAACCAGUUGUUAAUUAUUAGUAGUAGUGAGCCACUGCGUUCUUCGUUUGUGGCAGCUGUGUUUUUGUAGGUAGGUUGGUAGGGUUAUUUUCUCAUUGAUUGAUGACAAGUAAUCAAGGUGUUUUAUAUAUCCGGAAAAUUGUACAAUUUAUCCGAUGUUUUUUUUUUUGUAGGAAUAAUAGAGCAGUACAUUCUUUCA